UAUUCUAAAGAAAGUAUGGUUGCAAGGCUGAAACUUAAAGGAGUCGAUAAGAAGACAUCACCAAAAUUGAAGCUUGCGACAUAAUAAUACAACAAAAUUCCUCUAAAAGCUCGUUCUUGAUUCUAUAGAGUCGUGUUUUAAGUAGACAUCCUAAUGAUAUGGAUUGUGAAUCUCAAUUAAAUAUAGAAAGAUGGCCCAAUUCUUUUCACUAGGAGGAGGAGGAAGAGAAGCAACGAAUAGUCAAGAAUAUCAUCAUCAUCAUCAUCAAGAAACCACUAAUAGUACUCAUAAUUGGUUCUUGUACAAACAUCAUGAUCAAGAAUUAUCAACAUACAAAGGUUUCGAACUAUGGCAACAACAACAACAACAACAACAACAACAAUCUCAUCACAACGAGGAGGAGCAAAAUUACCAAAUUCUUCGAAACCCUAUUAUUAAUUCAUUUGGAUUAGAUAUUGGACCUAGUCAUGAUCAUCAUCAUCAUCAUGAGACUAAUAUGAUGAUGAGAAGUAGUACUAUUACAAUAAGUUGCCAAGAUUGUGGGAAUCAAGCUAAGAAAGAUUGUCAACAUAUGAGGUGUAGGACUUGUUGUAAGAGUAGAGGUUUUCAAUGUCAAACACAUGUGAAAAGUACUUGGGUUCCAGCAGCUAAAAGAAGAGAAAGGCAACAACAACUUGCUUCUUUGCAACAACAAGAAAAAGAAGAUAAUAACAAGUCCAAAAGACAAAAAGAUGAUUCAUAUACCGGGUUAGAAGUUGCAAAUAGUUUUCCAUCAAAAGUAAAUUCAACAGCUGUGUUUCAACGUGUUAGAAUGAGUUCAAUUGAAGAAAAUGAAGAUCAAAUAGCAUAUCAAGCUGCUGUUAAUAUUAAUGGACAUAUAUUCAAAGGAAUAUUAUAUGAUCAAGGUGAUAAUCAUGAGUACAAUUAUAUGAAUGGUGGUGAUCAUGACAGCUCAUCGGGUGGAGAUCCCGUGCCACGUCAGUAUAAUCUUAAUCUUACUCGCACCGCCACGUCAGCAGCCAAUGAUGCGACUGUAGGGGGUGGCGGUGUUGCUUCCGCAGUGGCCGCGGAAGGAUCAUCACAUUUUCUAGAAACUUCUUUAUACUCUAGUAUUAACACUUUCGCGACAGGUACUCAAUUUUUUCCACCUUCAAGAUCUUGAGAUUAAUUAAAUAAUAAUAUUUUCGAUUAGAAAAAAAAAGAUAUUUGACAUUUGACAAAUUUUGUUCUUGUAAUGAGAUCUAGUUAAUUAUUUUAAUUAGCUACUCUUAAUUAAUCUCCACAUAA